GUGCUGGAAUGUGCGGCUCCCGCGAGCUCGCGGCGCAACAGCAGACCGGGCGCCGCCGAGGCCGCGGGCUCCAGACCGGGGCAGCGGGGAGCUCUGCGACGGCAGGGCGAGGGCCGGAGGUCUGAUCCCGCUCCGCGAUCGCCCCGCGGAUCUCGCGGGCCUCGGCGCUCAACUUUUCCCCGCUCUCUCUCCCCUCCCCCGAAAGUCCAGCAACAAAGAAAAGGAGUUGGGAGCGACGGCGGCGGCGACGCGGGAGCGGCGGUCCGUGGGCGCGCAGGCGAGCGGUGUGCAGUUAUGGCCACCCAGGUGAUGGGGCAGUCUUCUGGAGGAGGAAGUCUGUUCAGCAGCAGCGGCAACAUGGGCAUGGCCUUACCUAACGAUAUGUAUGACUUGCAUGACCUCUCCAAAGCUGAACUGGCGGCACCCCAGCUCAUCAUGUUAGCCAAUGUGGCCUUAACUGGGGAAGUCACUGGCGGCUGCUGUGAUUACCUGGUGGGUGAAGAAAGACAGAUGGCAGAGUUGAUGCCUGUGGGGGACAACCACUUCUCAGAUAGCGAGGGGGAAGGACUUGAAGAAGCUGCCGAACUCAAAGGUGACCCCAGUGGGCUGGUAAAUGUGGGACUGAGAAGUUUGGAGCUCGGCGCAGUGGAGCCACAGCCGGUGUUCGAAGCAUCAGCUGCCCCAGAAAUGCACAACUCGAGCAAAGACCUCCCUCCCGAAAUGCUUGGGCCCGAGGACAAAGGCAAGAACAUGAAGGCCAAACCCUUUCGCUGCAAGCCCUGCCAGUAUGAAGCCGACUCCGAAGAGCAGUUUGUACAUCACAUCCGGGUUCACAGUGCGAAAAAGUUCUUUGUGGAAGAGAAUGCCGAGAAACAGGCCAAAGCCAGGGAAUCUGGCUCUUCCGCGGCCGAGGAGGGGGAUUUCUCCAAGGGCCCCAUCCGCUGCGACCGCUGUGGCUACAAUACCAACCGGUAUGAUCACUACACGGCCCACCUAAAACACCACACCAGAGCUGGGGAUAAUGAGCGUGUCUACAAGUGUAUCAUCUGCACGUACACAACAGUGAGCGAGUAUCACUGGAGGAAACACUUGAGAAACCAUUUUCCAAGAAAAGUCUACACGUGUAACAAAUGCAACUAUUUUUCAGACAGAAAAAAUAAUUAUGUACAACAUGUUCGGACUCACACAGGAGAACGCCCUUAUAAAUGUGAACUUUGUCCUUACUCGAGUUCUCAGAAGACACAUCUAACUCGACACAUGCGUACUCAUUCAGGUGAGAAGCCAUUUAAAUGUGAUCAGUGCAGUUAUGUGGCUUCAAAUCAGCACGAAGUGACCCGACAUGCAAGACAGGUUCACAACGGGCCGAAACCUCUUAACUGUCCUCACUGUGACUAUAAAACGGCAGACAGAAGCAACUUCAAAAAGCAUGUGGAGCUGCAUGUCAACCCACGGCAGUUCAACUGCCCCGUGUGUGACUAUGCGGCUUCCAAGAAGUGUAAUCUACAGUAUCAUUUUAAAUCUAAGCAUCCUACCUGUCCUAGUAAAACCAUGGAUGUCUCAAGAGUGAAACUGAAGAAAACCAAAAAGAAGGAGGCUGACUUGCAUAAUAACAACAUCACCAAUGAAAAAACAGAGAUAGAGCAAACAAAAACAAAGGGGGAUAUGUCUGGAAAGAAAAACGAGAAACCUGUAAAAGUAGAGAAAAAAGAGAAGAAGUCUUGUGGCAAUGUUGCAGUGGUCCAGGUAACUACCAGAACUCGGAAAUCCGCCGCAGAGAUGAAACACAUAGAUGUACAUACAGGAAAUAGUUCAGACAAAUUCAGUAAAGCCAAGAAAAACAAAAGAAAGAUGGAUGCUGAAGCCCAUUCCUCAGAUGAUCCUGUGAAUGAGGAACCAGUGCCGAAAAAGAAACAGAAGACAGAGAGCAAAUCCAAAAACAGAUCCGAAGUGCCAAAGGGGGACAGCAAAGUGGAGGAGGGCAAAGGGGACAAUAAAAAGCAAAAUAUUUCCAUUAAGAAAGGUACAAAGAAGAAAACUGUAAAAAGUAAACCAAGUAAGAAAGGCAGCAGACCUGCUCAGGAGACUCAGAAGGAGACAGCUCAGACAGAGCCUCCCUCCCUAGAGCUGACUCACGGGGAGGUCUCUCCAGUUCCUGCUCAGGUUGUGGUCACUGUGACAGGGUCUAUUCAGACAGGGCUUCCUUCUCCCAUGGAUAUCGCUCACACAGGGCCUGUUCAGAUGGAGGUUUCCCAGUCAGGGGUUCCUCAGGUGGAGCUGCCCCUUUCAGUGGCGCCUGCUCAGGUGGAACUGCCAUCUCCCAUGGAGCCUGCUCAGAGUGAGCUGCCCCCUUCAGUGGCGCCUGCUCAGGUGGAACUGCCAUCUCCCACGGAGACUGCUCAGAGUGAGCUGCCCCCUCCAAUGGAGCCUGCCCAGAGCGAGCUGUCCCCUCCAAUGGAGACUGCCCAGAGCGAGCUGUCCCCUCCAAUGGAGCCUGCUCAGAGCGAGCUGCCCCCUCCAAUGGAGCCUGCUCAGAGCGAGCUGCCCCCUCCCAUGGAGCCUGCUCAGAAUGAACUGCCAUCCCCCGUGGAGUCUGCUCAGAGUGAACUGCCAUCCCCCGUGGAGUCUGCUCAGAAUGAACUGCCAUCCCCCGUGGAGUCUGCUCAGAGUGAACUGCCAUCCCCCACAGGGCCUACUCACAUGGGAUCUGUUCAAGAGGAGCUUCCUGCUGUCAUGAAACCACCUCUUCAAGUCAAGCCCAUUACUAAAAGGUCAUCUCCCCGAAAAGAUAAGACGAAGGAGAAGUUGAGCAUACGGCGUGAGAUGCUGCGGCAGGAACAAGUCCUCAUUGAAGUUGGCUUAGUGCCUGUUAGAGAGAGCCAGCUUCUAAACGAAAGCAAGAGUGCACAGGGUCGUCCAGGCCUGUCUUCACCACUGCCAAAGGGAAACUCAAGAAGAGAAGAGACACCCAAGGACCAAAACAUCUCUGAGGGGGAAGGAGUAGCCCCUCUCAAAGUAGGGACUGAGGAAGCCUGCGAGAGCCAAACUGAACUUGUUGCUCCAAAGGAAUCUACCAGUGUGUUAUCCUCUGAGCAAAAUUCAAAAGUGCCAGAUGGUGAAACACUACAUGCUAAGUGUCAGACAAGUUCAGCUGGGGCUUGUGAAAUUGAAGUGGGCACUGAGCAGAACACAGCAGACAAUGUCCCUGUGAAGGACUCAGCAGUCGAGCCAGGGUCACCAGUGCCUCGUCUCCUAUCAGCAGAACGUGAAGUGGCAUCAGCAGCUGUAGUGGCCUCACCGCCUAUCACUUUGGCUGAAAACGAGUCUCAGGAAAUUGAUGAAGAUGAAGGCAUCCAUAGCCACGAUGGAAGCGACCUGAGUGAUAACAUGUCAGAAGGCAGUGAUGAUUCCGGGCUGCAUGGAGCUCGGCCAGGGCCACAAGAAGCUGCUUCAAAAAACGGAGAGGAAGGAUUGGCAGUUAAAGUAACUGAGGGAGAUUUUGUUUGUAUUUUCUGUGAUCGUUCUUUUAGAAAGGAAAAAGAUUACAGCAAACACCUCAAUCGCCAUUUGGUUAAUGUGUACUUCCUUAAGAAGGCAGCUGAGGGGCAGGAGUAGACCGGAAGUGCAGUUCCUGGUGUAAGCAUGUCUCUGCUUCUAGUUUAAGGCAGGAGGCAAAUGCAAGCUUGCUUUAAGUAGUGCCCAGUGCUGAUUUUGAAGUGACAUUCUUUUUCUUAGGACUG